AUGUCUACGUUUUUUGAUGAGAUGAAGCGGUCGUUCGCUGACGUUCCCGUCACCGAAUGUAGAAUCGAUACAGCUGCUUUCUUGGAGGCUGCCGAGUCUCUUGUGAAGCUCUUUGACUUGUUGGGCUCGUCCGCGUUUACUGUUGUCAAGAAUGACAUGACAGGUAACAUCGAUAAAAUUAGAGCCAAGCUUUUGCUGGACCCAGCUGGUGCAUCAACGUUGCAGGAUUUGGUUUUGUCUGAAGCCCCGGGUAAGAGCAAGAAGGCCACUCAAGGACUUUUGUGGUUGUCUAGAGGAUUGCAAUUUACAGCCCAAGCCAUGAGAGAGACGGUUGACAGCCCAGGUAAGGAGUUGACCGUGACAUUCACAGAUGCUUACACAAAGACAUUGUCUCAGUACCACGGCAUGUUGGUCAAGCCCGUGUUCAAGUUGGCCAUGAAGGCGUGCCCUUACAGAAAGGACUUCUUCGAAAAGUUGGGCGCUGACCAGGAGAAGGUCAAGGAGCAGUUAGCCGCUUGGUUGCAGGCCUUGGAAAACAUUGUUAAGAUUAUUAUGGACUUCUUCGCUUCUGGUAACUACGGUAAGGGUUUGUAA